CUGAUUUUCACCACAGUCUCACACAAGGCACCCCCAUUUACAAUAAUUUCCCUACCCGUUAAAACGCGUCCCGUGCUCCACAAUCUUCACUGCCGGAUUUAUCAUUGCUAUCUAAUACGAUCUGCAUUUCCUUGGUCGCCGUCGUGUCGUGCUAUCAAUUCCCGUAACAUAGAAUAUUAAACUUGCGGGCGAUAUUCCCGAGGGGCGGUCAAAAUAGAUCGUUCGGGGUGUCCUGGAAUCUGUGGCCCGCAGGCCGCGACCACAUCAACCCUGUCUUUCUCAAGCUUCCGAAAUUCAUUCACCUCCAAUGUCAAUUACCUGAAAAGAAGCUCAGCGGAGGCGUUACGCAGAUUCAGCUCGGGGGACCUGCAGUCGGAGUGCGAUGAGGGAGAAGUGGAUCCUUACACAGGCCGCCCGGCCACAACGAGCCAGCCCAAGCCGCAGGCUCAGAGGCCGGCCUCCCAGGUUACGGGAGGCAGUAUGGGUAGCGGUGCGCCGCCAGCGCCUAGCUCUGGCACCGCUUCAGCCGGUGGUUCAGAUUUAUCUUUGAACCUUCGCGGUGGCUCACGAGGAACCUCAGCACCCUCCUCUCCAGCGAAGUCUCGUGAAUCGCUGCUGCAGCGUGUACAAUCUUUAACCGGCGCUGCCCGAGAUCAAGGAGCCAAUUUAUUAGGGAGCGUGACAUCAGUAGCGUCAGUUGGCCGUGGUUACAACAGGGACCGAUGUGUGACACUGCUGGUUGUGGAUGACCAGAAUACUGACUGGUCCAAAUAUUUCCGUGGGCGACGACUACCAGGGGAAUGGGACAUCCGCGUUGAACAGGCUGAAUUCAGGGAAUUGUCGGUGACAGCAAGUUCUGAUGGGGCGAAUGUUUCUAUGGCCGUAUAUCGCAGCGGAACCAAAGUAACCCGUUGUUUCAAACCCGAGUUCGUCCUGGUUCGUCAGAAUGUUCGAGACGCCGGUGCUGAUCACAGAGCUCUGCUGCUCGGACUUAAAUUCGGGGGAGUGCCUUCUGUUAACAGCCUUAACUCUAUUUAUCACUUCCAGGAUCGGCCUUGGGUGUUUGGUCACCUUCUUCAACUGCAGCGUCGCCUCGGCAGAGAGAACUUCCCUCUCAUCGAACAAACUUACUACCACAAUCACACCGAUAUGGUAUCAGCACCGAAGUUCCCGGUGGUUAUAAAGAUUGGGCAUGCACACAGCGGCGUUGCCAAGGUGAAAGUUGAGACUUUGGCCGACUUCCAGGAUAUAGCCGGAGUGGUAGCCAUGUUGGGAACGUAUUGCACUGUUGAGCCAUACAUCGACGCCAAGUAUGACAUUCACAUUCAGAAAAUUGGAACAAACUAUAAAGCCUUCAUGCGCAAGUCUAUAUCUGGCAACUGGAAGACCAAUCAGGGCUCGGCUAUGCUGGAAGCUAUUGGCAUGAAUGAUAGAUACAAGAUGUGGAUAGAUGAGGUGAGCGAGAUCUUUGGCGGCCUAGAAGUUUGCGCUCUUGAACUAGUAGUCGGCAAGGAUGGACGUGAGCACAUCAUUGAGCUGAACGACUCCGCGACAUCAUUCAUGGGCGAUUCUCAGGAAGAAGAUCGCAGACAUCUUGCUGAACUUGUCUUCCAACGGAUGCAGGCUGUAUGCCGUCCUGGUAUAACCAAAACGGCAUCUCGCAGUUCCGUGUCCGGCAGCGGCGCGGCGUCUCCCGAGGAGCGUUCAGUUAGCGGCCCGCCGUCAGUGCCUCCUCCCGCUCCACUCGCCACCGCGGCCAGCAUCGACCGCCCACUGCCGCCCAUACCCGCGGAGCCAACUCAACCACCACCACCCCCGCUCACACGGAGAGAUUCACAAGUUUCCCAAUCAUCAACGGUAUCGUCUGCGUCGGCGGCUCCUAGUACGACCAGCUCAGCGGCGGGAGCUGCGACGGGAACUGCAGCUCCCGCGGGUGCAGGUGGUACGCCCUCCCGCGGAGGCUUCGCCCGACAGGGCUCUCUUAGCGCCGCACUAACAGAAGACGCGGAAGACACCAUGAAGAACCUUCGUAAGACCUUCGCCGGUAUCUUCGGAGACAUGUAACCAAAAAACAUUAAAAGCUCUCAUUGAUAUUACCAAUUGACCCUUUGUCAAACUAAAGUGGACCUGUCAAACGUCAGUUUUUUUUUAUUCGAUGAACGAUCUAGUUAGCAGGGAGAUUAGUUAAAAUUACUUUAUGAUAUAAGUAGUCCAGCCGUCAUGUAUUGAAAGCAUACGUAUAAGUACAUGGCUACCAUCAAAUAAAUUUUAAACAAAUAUUAAAAUAUAUAUAAAAAUUGUUAUAUGUCAUGAAGUAAUUUUAGGAAAGUUUUAUUUCGAUCAUAGGAUAUUUAUAUUAACAUUAAUUGCAUCAUAAAAUGUAAUAAACCACGUUAUCAUUUUUAUUAACACAAAGUUAAAAGUGAAAUGAAUCCUAUAAAUAAACAGAGAUUUACCUAAAAAAAUCAAAACCAUUAAGAAGGAGUCACUGCUUCGUUUCAUGUGUUAAAUUAAAAAAAAAUCAAAACGAAAUCCAACGAAUGCAUUUCUAAAUGCUUGCCAUAAAAUCUUGAUCUAUAUACACAAACAAACUGUCAUAAGAGAUACUUUGUAUUAGACAUUUAAAUAAUAAAAGCCAACAAUCCGUUAUAAUUUUUUCAUAAACCAUUAAAACACGACUGGUUUUAAUAGACGUGGACUUGAGAUCAUACAACAGAAACUAAGAAUAGUAUUAAUAUAAUAUAAAGAUAGAUUUUUUACAAUAAGUUUGUUAUAAAAAUAUAAAUCAACUGAGCUACAUUGUGAUCGAUUCCGUUCGUGCGCGAGUUGCGUCUCGUUAUAAAACUUUAGAAACUUCCACCGUAGUAACUAUUUUAUAAACUAACUUCGAUAUUAGCUUCACCUUUCUAUAUGACAUGAGUUCUUCGUUCUAUCGCUAUAAGAUAUUGUACGGAUCAAGGAUGAUUGGAAUUCAUUAAAAACAAAUGUCCUACGUUUUUGUAACAAAAAGACAAACAUUUUAGAUUGGAAAGUUGGUAUGAAAUCUGUUUUAUGGAAAGGAAUCGAAAUCGAAUGUCGUGUCUUAGUAGCGAAGUACUUUGCUGAAGACGCAAAGGUCUCAGGAUUCGUUCGCAACGGUGUGUAAGUAAUGUUAUUGAAGACAAUAUUGUUGAAUGCAAAAUAUAUUCCACAUUUUAUAUAUCUUAUUGCUAGUUCGUAUCUUGUAGUCGUAAGGUUAGUCAUGUUGUAUUCGAGUGUUCUUCACGCAAUAUCUUUAUAACGUAGGCUUAGUCUAAUGUGUUUAACCCUUUACUUACAUAAAACAGUAUGCUUAGUCUAAGUUUUGCUUCGUUACGCUACAUACGGAGCGUUGCUCGUUUUUUAUUCAAUAACCUACGUUUAUAGUAUAAUGUGCGAAUAUAUAUGAAUAAAUAACUGUUAAUAAUAUACAAAUUUUAACUGAGUAUACUGUUUGAUUCUUACUCUGAUAAAUUGUUCCUUUCAUUUAUAUACAUUUUAACGGGACCUCCUUAAUUAUAAAAACGGAGUUAGGAACUGAAAUCGUGAUUAAUACGGCAAAAUGGAUUGUUAUACAACGCUAUAUGGUUAUACGCUGCGCUUUUCAAUGAUACACAAUAAGUUAAAGAAAGCUUUUUUUUUAUAUUUUUAUUCAAAGUAGUACUUCAUUAUUCCUAAUACAUUUUAUGUGUUAUCCCAGUUGCGAUAGUUUAUAAAUAUUUUGUAACAUUCUCAUUAACUUGAACGUGUAUUUCAAUGCCACACAGUGUGUCAUAUACAAUAUCGUGUCUUAUUUCAAAAACAUAUUCAGAACUACAUUGCUGAAGUCACUCACGUCAUAUUAUUGAUUUUCAGAUAAACGGUAUUUUACAACGAAAUCGUUUCAAAAGGGUGAUAUAAAAUGAGAUACGCUAGUUCAUACAAUUUUAUUACAUUAAUAAAAAGAGAAGUAGCUUGUAAUAUUUUUUCAUUUUCAUUAAAUUUAAAAGCCACCUAAAUUUCCCGAAAAUGCAUAUUUUCGUGCGGACUAAUGCCUUGCAUUGUUAUAGUUUUGACAUUUUUCGUCAAAAUAGUGACAAUCAGGUACAAAUAACUAUCUAAGCAUUUAUAGCUUUCAAAGUGGCAUUCAUUAAGGGCAAUUACUUACAUUUCUAAACAUAACUAACUCUUCGUAAUGGACAACCUAAUCGAAUAUUCUUAGAUAGAAUUUAUAUGCACUUGUAGGAAAAUUUUUUGACACAAAUUGUUUAGCUCAUAAUGAAUAAGUGUCUAUGAAAUGCGCAAUUAGAUGACUAUAAUUAUAUCGAUAUCACGAUACGUUAUUAAACGGUUGAGUUUAAUGAGUUGUUAAUGAUAAUUUUAUAUUAGAUUGUUCUGCGUUUACUAUUAGAAUUAUAAUAAACACUAAAUAUAAUGCUGUUGUUGUUGUUGCUAAACAAGUUAUACAAUGUCUACUCAUAUGGAAAUGCUCUGAAGAUUGAUCACGAUAAAAUCAUUGUCGGCAAAAUAGGCAAUACAAUACUUCCUUGAUUUUAUCGUGGCUCGAUCUCAGUUUAAUUACAACAGACAUGGUCGUCACCGAUUAAACUUUACUUGAUUUUCUCAACUAAAUUCCAUAUUUCUUAGUUUGAUAUUAAAUACAAAUGUCAUAGUUAUGACAGAAGAGCAAUAACCUUUUGUUAAGUAUAAAAGUGACAUCCAUGUCUUUUGAAAUAUAAUAUCAUAAUGGAAUUUGAAUGCAUGUUAAUCUAUACUAUAAUAAAUAUAUAAUUAAUAAAUACCUCUUUUGGUAAGUCGGUAAUGA